UUCCGCUGCAACAGGUGAGGGCUGAGGCACUCCAAUCUCCAACUUCUCCAGACAUCUUCACACUUCUCCACGGUCCUAAAAGCGCUUUAUCAUGGCCACAAACAUCGAAGAAAACAUAUAUGAACAAAUAGAUGAAGGAAACGUAUAUGAGCAGCAGCCGUAUAUGAACGCAAACAGCACUACAGAGCCCAAAUAUGAGAAUCAAAAAGCGCCUCAAGUGAGUCCAGCAGAACCAAUCUACAGCGUGGUCCAGCGGCCGUCUCAAGACUACAUGGACACGAAAGGAGACACUCAAGAGGAGGAACCGCAAUCUUCACCCUCAAGUGAACAAGAAGAGAAGACUGAAAGCCAGAUGGAGGUGGUGGCGGUGUCUCAGCGGAAUGGAGAUAGAAACGGGCCCAGACGGUCUUCAUGCGCUUCAGAGGGCACUGGAGACCCUUGCAAUGACCCGCCCUUAUCAAUUCACGACGAUCUGCUCAUGGCCUACAGUCUACCAGAAGAUUCAUCUCCAGAACCUGAGGAGAUUGUUGACUACAGCCUGAAAAACGUGGAGAACAGUGCUGUGGAGGAGACCACGACGGUUAUCGACCCAGAUCAGCCUGACAUUGCGCUUUUCGUCAAGGCUGGUACUGAUGGUGAGAGCAUUGGAAACUGUCCGUUCUCUCAGCGACUUUUUAUGAUCCUUUGGCUCAAAGGUGUGGUUUUCAACGUCACCACUGUCGACCUGAAGAGGAAACCAGCUGAUUUGCACAAUCUGGCUCCAGGCACUCACCCUCCUUUCCUUACCUUCAAUGGCGAGGUCAAGACUGACAUUAACAAGAUCGAGGAGUUCCUGGAGCAAGUUUUGGCACCACCGAAGUACCCCAAACUUGCAGCGAGACACAGGGAGUCCAACACAGCUGGGAAUGACAUAUUUGCAAAGUUCUCAGCUUUCAUUAAAAACACAAAGCCAGAUGCCAAUGAAGCUCUGGAGAAGGGUUUGACGAAGGCCCUCAAGAAACUUGACGACUACAUGAACAGUCCCUUGCCUGAUGAGAUAGAUGCAGACAGCACAGAGGACGAGAAGGCCUCCGAACGCAAGUUCCUGGAUGGGAAUGAACUCACUCUGGCAGACUGCAACCUGCUGCCAAAACUUCACAUAGUGAAGGUUGUUGCCAAGAAAUAUCGGAACUAUGACAUUCCCACCGACUUGACAGGAGUGUGGCGCUACCUGAACAGUGCGUACGCACAGGAAGAGUUCACAAACACCUGUGCCGCAGACAACGAGAUUGAAUUGGCAUAUCAGGAUAUGGCUAAGAGGCUAGUCAAGUAAACAGAUGAACAAAUGUGACCAAACCAGACAUGUUCCCUAUAAUUCAGAACUGUAUUAAUCCCAUACUGAAGUUCACAGUAAGGUUUUUUUUCUUUUUCCAGGGCCUUUUUAACCAUUUAGCCAUUACGUUAACACAGUGGAGUCUUAAAACACCACAUCUUACAUAAACUUUGGUCUGUAAAGUCUUGCCUGACUGUGAGUACAUGACCCAAAUGCAAAUGUAAAAUAUCAGCUCAUCUUCACCAGCUCUCGCUUAUAUGUUGCUCAUGUAAACAUUUUCCCAAGUGACUAAAGAGACACACUUAACAUUAGUGUCUCCUGUUGUUCUCUCUCUCUCCUUUGGAAUGAAAAGUUCUUCCUGUUUUAUUCCCUUUCUCAUAUCAGUACAUAAUCUCAGAGAAUGUUUUCUAUCAGCCAUAAAUUGCAUGAAUGCUUGACUGCUGAAUUCACUUUUUCAAGCAUUUCAAAUCUUGAAAAAUGUCAAAAUUGUUCACUUUUUGUUUUCAAUGCCCAAUCUGAAAGUUGUAUUGCUUUCAGUCAUAUCUUUAUUAUUAUUUGUGUUUAAUGGUGAAAAAGAUCAAAUCUGUGCAGCAGGAUGUUUAAAAUAGAAAAGUGCCCUAGCUACUGUAUGUGCAGCCUUGUAGCAAAUCAUCAUAUACUUUCCAGGGUUUUGUCUUUUGUUUCAAGGUAUUUUCUGUAGAACCACUAAAAACAAUUAUUUUUUUUAAAGUAUUUAAUUACUUAAUGAAGAGUUUUCAAACUAAUUUAACACGUGCCUUCAUUAGGAAAAACGCAAUGUGGCAAAUACAGCAUUUUAUUACUGAUAAUUUUAAUUUAUAUAAAAAUACACUCAAAAAUCAUUUUAGACGAUUUUUAAGAUUUAUGCAUUUUAAUUGCAUGACACAUUUCCUUCAAACUGAACUGAGUAAUCUUUAAAUAAUCUACAUUAUUAUAAAUAAAGUAGGGAUGAACCGAUACGAUACCUGGAUCGGUAUUGGCUCCGAUACUGACGUUUUUAGAUGGAUCGGGUAUCGGUCCGACAAGCCCGAUCCAAAUCAGAUAAUGUGUGUUAGUCAUGUUUGUUACUCUUAGUCAAUUUUUGGAGGGUUUAAAGACAGAAAUGUGAAUCUUAUAAUUUUAUAAAAGCACUUACAUUAAAUCUUCUGUUAAAACUUGUGUAUUAUUUGUGCUGUAAAGUUGUUUAAAUCUUAAUUUUUACAGUCAUUUUAGGGUUUGUUGACAUUACAUCAUCAUAGCAACGAAGUUGUAAAAUUGGCUAAAACUUUACACAGAAAAGGUUAGUAAGUGAUUUUAUCACACUAAAAUCAUGUUAACAUGCAUAUUGAUUAUUAGCUUGUGGCUAUAAUUUUGCAAUAGUGAUUAUUUAACAUUUACAGAUAGGCCCAAUUCACUUCCACUGUGCCUCACUGGAAACCAGAUUUUUGCUUUUUUAAAUUUUUUUUUAAGAAAAAUAGGGGCAAGUCAAAAUUAAUUUGUGUGAUAAUCAGUAUUAUGCCACAAAUGCUGUUGAUUGAGCUUAUCUUGUAUUGAACUUGUUAAUUAAAUAUUUCACAUUACGCUUUAUUCAGAUUACUCAAUUCAGUUAUGGAAAUAUGUCAUAUAAUUGAAAUGCGUUACUCUUUAAGCUACCCUGAAAUAUUUUUUCCUGCUCUUUUAUAACUAAAAAAAAAAAAAAAAAAACAGUAGUUUCUGCAAAAGUUUAUGGAAAAUGCUCAUUUUAAUUGCCUCAUGUAACUUCCUUGUAAAUCUGAUGCUAAGAGUUAAAGUUCAAACUCAGCUGACAUUGAACAAGUUCUUCAGACCUUCCUCUGUCAUUUCUCACAACUAAUAUCAUUUUCAGUUCUUUUACAAUUUAUUUUAGGCUUAUCUCAGUGUUUAACAUCAAUCAAAGGUGGACAUAUCGUACUUAAGUAUUUAUUCACAGCCCAGUUUACGGGUAAUUAAUGAGCUGAGGGGUGAAAGGAUAUUCACGACACACAGUGGUCCAUUGAAAUGGAGAAUAAGAAAAUCUGAUUGGGCAUCAGUCCAGGUCUCCUCCUUUCCACUUAGUACUGCUGGAAUAUCAGAGGCCUGUGAUGGGUCCUUGAGGAGCUCCUGCUCUUUUGUGGUUUGGACAAGCGUUUGAUAUGAAAUGAGAGUGUGGCGCCAGAGAGGCCUAUUCCGAGUGAAGCUCUAUGAAUAAAAUAAUAUUUUCGCAGUUU